UUUUUUUUUUUUUUUUUUUUUUUUCAGAUUCGAUUUUAGACAUUUAUCUGAGUAGUGAGAAUUUGUACCCUCAACUCAGAGACCCCGCUUCGGAGCAGCGAGGAAAUUCGGUUUCUUCGGGAUCUUGCGGAGGAUGGCGGUUGUGGAGAGUGUGAGCGCGAGAGAGGAACAAUAGAUAGAGAGGCAAAGGAUAAGCGUGAGUGGUGGUGGGCAGAGUGGAUGCGCAUUCGUCGAAGUGCAGAGCACGAGGCGGUGACGUGGGGGGGCGGGCGAGCCGGCGCACGGAAUGUGUGGGCGAGGAAAGGGAUGCGUGGAUAGGUUAGGGUGCAGCAGGUGCGGGUGUAAGUGUGUGAGUGUGUGAGUGUCGGUGGUUGAGAGGGAGGGAGGGGGUCAAUGAGUGCGUGAGCGAGGGGGGGCCUGCGGGGAUGGAGGUGGCUCCCGGCUGGUUCUUCACUUCGAAUUCGCAUGAUGGAUCCAGGUUGCACAGCUGAUUAUUUCAUCUGGUGAUUUUGUUUUACAAGGAAGUGCUAAGAAUCCGUUUAGCGUACGCUCAAAAGAUAAGCUCGGAAUUAUCUAGUAAUGGCUGCAGCCAUGGCGUGUAAGAAUUUAACCCGUUGUGCCGAGGCGCCUUUCAGUAAAAGAAUUUCAAAAGCAUUACUCGGUAUCGAAGCCCGAAGCUCCCAGAAAAGUGUUUGGAUAUGGCAAGGGUCUGUGCGAAUGUGUUGGACAAAAAGAAAUCCCCUCUCGUCGCCACAUGUGUUAAGAAAAGUAGAAGACAAGGUGUUAGAAGGUCCCUCAUCCAGGGCACCAGCGAUCUCGAGAAUUUCAUGUACACUAGACCUGGAAAAGAAAACUGGGAGCAGUAAUGUGGCAUCGGCCGCUCGGCUACGAGGGAGACGUUUCCCUCGGAAUUCAGUGCUUCAUGAAGAGUAUCAGCUCGCAUCAGUAGGCGCUUCUUCCCUUUCAAGAGUAGUAGGCACUGCCCAUCACUCCGACACCAGCAACAUCUGUCAUGAAGUUCGUGAUAUGAGCGAAGAAGAUGUAGAGAACCUCAAUGACCUUGUCGCAGGCAGCUUAACCAGCCCCCAAGAUUCGAGGGGACCGGAGAACUCAAAUUCUUUUGCAACCGGGACUACGCAGCGGUGGUUCCCCUAUGAAGAUUGUUUCAAGCUUGAUGAUGAGAGAUCACUGAGAAGCUCUGAAGUUCUCUCAAUGUUGUCUCCGUUCUUAGGAGAUGAACGCAAGCAAAGAAUUGAAGAAGUUGUUGCGAAUCGGACAUAUUCUAUAUGCAUAGCCGUUGAGGGGCUUUUGGACCUUGGCAACGUUUCUGCUGUAUGCCGUUCGGCUGAUGCCCUUGGGUUUCAAUCCGUGCACGUUAUAAGCAACGAGACCAAGAAGAGAUAUAAGAAGAACCGAAAGGUCAGUAUGGGUACAGAAAAGUGGUUGGACGCAGAAUUGUGGAGCAAUACAAGCGAUUGCAUUGACACUUUACGACAACGGGGUUACCGAAUUGCUGUCACACACAUCGCUCCCGACACUGUGUCUAUUUAUGACAUGGACUGGACCAUACCAACGGCAGUUUUCUUUGGGAACGAGUUCAUGGGCGCAUCUGAGGAAGCGAUAAAACAAUCUGAUGUACGAUGUUGCAUCCCCAUGGCUGGCAUGGUAGAGUCUUUCAAUAUUUCAGUUGCUGCUGGAAUAAUUAUGCAUCAUGCCGCCCGUGACAGAAUCAUUCGCUCUGGAGUACAUGGAGAUAUAUCACCAGAAGAUAGAAGAAUAUUAGAAGCUGAAUUCUGCUUGCGGCACAACCGUCAUACUGUUCCACUCUUGGACCGUUUGCUGGAGAAGAAAGGACAAGCUGCAGAUGGCCCGGAGAUGACUGAUAUAUUCAGCGAAGAGUUGCUCUCCGAUAUCGAAAUGCCUGAGUAUCUUAAAAUGUAACAGAAUCGAAUCUGGCAACUUUUUUGAUCUUCGGGUUUCCACCAAGAACUAGUUUGCCAACUCAAGAACGUGGUGGAACCCCUUAUUUAAGAAGUGAUUUAGGGACACUAGCAAUUGAGUCUUGGCAAAAGUGCCUUGAGUUUGACCUGAUAGCAUGGGUCUCUACAAGAUGAAUAUUAAAUUUGUAGCCUGAAGGAGCACUGCAAUCUACGAUCCGUUUUAUUGAGUAGAGUAUUUUUUUUCCUGCUUUUCGUGGACAGAGUGACAUACAUCAGCACCGUAAUAGAGUAUUUGACAGGGUAAAAAAAUGUCAUAGCGAAGCGAACGCGUGCACAUUCUUGAGAUUUAUUACAAUAAAUCAUGUUCAUCUGAAUUCGAGACAAUGCUCUUAUUUUA